UUCGUUCCUCUGUCAGACCCAAGGUGAGGCUAGGCCGAAGCCUCCACCAUUUUACAAACAAAUCAAGCUUUCUCUUUGUAACGCACAAAUAAUUCUUUUACAUUUUCAAAUUUCAAAUUUUCCCUUUCAUAAAUUGGAAGUUCUAGGUUUUUUUUUCUUAAAAACCUUAAUUCCAUGGCUUCAACAAGAAAGGAUGUGGAUCGGAUCAAGGGUCCAUGGAGCCCUGAAGAAGACGAAGCGUUGCAAACGUUGGUUCAAAGCUACGGUCCACGAAACUGGUCUUUGAUCAGCAAGUCGAUUCCUGGUAGAUCGGGAAAGUCCUGCCGUUUACGGUGGUGCAAUCAGCUAUCACCUGAGGUAGAACACCGGCCAUUCACAGCUGAGGAGGACGAUACUAUAAUCCGGGCCCAUGCUCAUUUCGGUAACAAGUGGGCUACCAUCGCCCGUCUUUUAAACGGCCGGACCGAUAACGCUGUUAAAAAUCAUUGGAACUCUACUCUAAAGAGGAAAUGUUCUUCGCUCAGCGAUGAUUUGAAUGAAGAUGCCAACAAUAUCCAACCAUUGAAAAGGUCGGCCAGUGUUGGGCCGGCUAAUAAUAUUUCGGGACUUUGCUUGAACCCGAGUAGCCCAUCCGGAUCCGAUUUGAGUGAUUCCAGUUUGCCGGGUGUUCAAUCUCCAGUUUACCGACCAUUGUUGAGAACCGGGUCGCUUGCUCCAGUUGAAGCCUCUUCAUCCACCACGGAUCCUCCCACUUCUCUCAGCCUCUCGCUUCCUGGAUCAGGACUGGAUUCGUGUGAGUUCUCAAAUCAUGGAUCUGGAUCCGCAUCCAGACCCGUUUUGAGUUCAAAUAAUAUGGUACAGCUCCAGGUGGCACAGCCAACUUUGGUACAGAGUCACAGUGAGGGUUUUGAAAAGCAGUUCUUUAGCGCAGAGUUCAUGGCUGUCAUGCAAGAGAUGAUAAGAAAAGAAGUGAGGAAUUACAUGUCUGGAAUUGAACAGAACGGGCUGUGUAUACAGACUGAAGCUAUUAGGAAUGCUGUGGUGAAGCAUAUGGGUGUUAGCAAGAUCGAUUAGGGAGAAACACAGUAGUCAAUUAAUUGAUCAUCAAACUAGAACACUACAUCCGGGAAAUGAUAAAAUGUGAAAAAAACCCAUCCUUUUACUGUUAAUUAGUCGCUUUAUGUAUCCUUUGUCACAGAAAGUAAUAAUUUUGGCAGUGUACAGAGGGAAUAGAGUGGGAAUGAAGAAGAGAAGGUUUUGUUGAUGAGUCAAAGAGAAGGAAUAUAAAACCAAACAAAAUUAAAUGAAAGACUUAUUUUUCCA